AUGAUUGCUAACACGACUAUUACAAAAGUUCCUUCGAAUUUGUUUGAAGAAUUAAUAAAUGAAAAGCAAUUGAAUUUAUAUGAAUAUGAGCAAUUUAAUAAGAUUAAAGAAAUUAGUAUAAAGGAAAAAUGCAAUAAAAUUUAUAAAGCAAUUUGGAAAUUAAACAACGUUAUUGUGACAUUAAAAGAAUUGAUGGUUGAUGUUACUUUUCAGGAAAAUAGAUCUAUUUUACAUUCUUUUAUUGACGAGGAAUCAUCAGCAAAAGGAACACCACAAAGUUAUAUAGAUGUUUACAAAAACUGUUGGAAUGAUGACCCAGAUAAAAGACCUGACAUUAAUGAAAUUGAAAAAUUACUAGCUCAACAUAGAAGAAGUUCAUUUAAUGGUGCGGCAUUUACAUCAUCAUCUACAUCAUCAUCUACAUCAUCAUCUACAUCAUCAUCUCCAUCAUCUCCAUCAUCUCCAGUAACCAAAUUUCAUCAAAUUCCACAAAGUCCAACAAAAUUAAAUUCUUCAAACAAUAGUAUAGAAAGUAAUAAAAAAAUUAUAGCAGAUACUGAUUCAACAUUUUUUGAAAAUUUAUUAAAGUUCUUUAUAGAAUUAUUAGAAUUAUCGGGUGAUAAUAACUAUAUAAUAUCCAGUCUAAAGGGAUUUUUACAUAAUCAUAUGAGAGAACACAAAUCAACUUUUAAAUCAUUACUAAAAAAUUAUAAUGACGAUUCAGAUUUUAAUUUCAUAAUAGGAUUUUUCUAUGAAAAUUCUAUUGGUACAGUGCAAGACAAACAAUUGGCUUUCGAACAUUAUGAAAAAUCCGCAAAAACUGGUAAUUCCAUAGGUCAAUAUUUUUUAGGCAGGUGUUAUUAUUGGGGAUUCGGGAUAAAGGUUGAUAGAAAAAAAGCUUAUGAAUGGUUAAAAAAAUCUGCAGAUAAUAAUAAUUUUAAAGGUAAAUGGCUAUUAGGUUUAUGUUAUGAAAGAGGCUAUGGCACAACAAAAGAUUUGAAACAAGCAUUUGAAUUGUUUUUGAGUUCUGCUGAAAAUGGUAAUGUUGUUAGUCAGAUGGAACUAGGCAGAUGUUACGAAGAAGGUGUUGGUACCAAAAAAAAUAUUAAUCAGGCUAUUGAAUGCUAUCAGCAAGCCUCUAAACGUGUUAACAGAAUUGUCUUGAAUGUUGGUGGCAUAAAGUAUGAAACAUAUCGUUCAACAUUGACAGCAUAUCCAGACACAUUGUUGGGAAUAAUGUUUGCGGAACGCAAUAAAGAAAUGCUUCACCCUACAAAUGGGAAUGAAUAUUUUUUUGACAGAUAUGGAAAUUUAUUUUACAAUAUUAUUGAACAGGAAAGAUUCAUUGGGCCAGAAUCAACACAACAAAAUCAAUCAACUAAUAAUAAUCACAACAAUGUGUACGAUAAUUAUGAAUUUAUUAAUGAAUUAUAG